AUGCUGAUGCACGGCCCGAAUGUGCUGGGCAUGGUCGCCCUGGCUUCGCUACUACUUCCGACCGUCGUGUUCGCCGAUCAACCAGCCGCUGAGGACUGCAUCGGCACGAUCACCAAAGAAUCCGACGUUACUGGCGCCCUCAAAUGCAAGGAUAUUCGCCUCGGUAGCUUGACCAUCACGUCAGGAAAGGUGCUCGCGCUGGAUGUGCGCCCAGGCGCGAAGGUCACAAUGUGUACGGAGAGCCCUUUGACCGCUGAUCGAUUGAUCCACGCCCAUGACACGAAGACUGAUCGCUUUGCCCUACGUUCCCCAAUGCGUGUGUGGGGGGGAUAACACGUUUCUGGACCCGAAAUAUAGAUGGUGAUAUUCUAUUCGACAACUACAAAGGACAAAAGGGGGCCAUGAUGUACAGUAAGUCGCAAAAAAGUGUCUCCUAUCGCCCAGCAGUUAACAAGUUAACAUGCUCCUGACUUGAAAUACAUUCUUCGUGACCAUCUCACCAACCUAGUCAAAGGUCAGGGGAUCACGGUCCAGGGCAACAAUCAUAAAAUCUUGGCCAAUGGUCAAAAGCACUGGUGAGUUCGUCCCGCGACAUCGGUGUAAGCAACGGGGCCGACCAGAGCAGCACCGCUCAUCAUGCUCUUGACGUUUGUGUCCAGGCCCAAAACCGUGAGCUCCUAAACAGGCUGUUUGGAAAGUAAUUUUGGAUUGAUCAGGAUUAUCCGCACAAUGCUUGUGUCCUUCCCUAGACCGGAAAAAGUCAGUUGAGGUUUUUGGACUCGCUACGACGGCAGUCUGCUGACCGUAGUUGGUGAUCCCAUAUCCGAGCAGUCCCUUACGACGUACCAACGCCAGUGAUGUUAUUCUUGGCUAGCGGAAGCGUUCAAAACCUCGCCGUCGUCAACUCACCUCGUCAAGCCAUUUCUAUCAACAACCCAGGCCCCCUCACCGUUUCCAAUGUCAACGUCGACAAUUCUGCCGGCGAAGGUCGCGCGGUGAAGUAAGUGUUAGAGGCGAAGGUCACAUCCUCAACCACGUCGACGGUGCCAGCGCUCGACUGUGACUUUGAGUUACCUACUGAUGUGUUGAUUAUCUUGCAGUACCGAUGGGAUGGAUAUUAGGGCCAACGGUCCUCUCGAAGUUACUGGAUGCACCUUCACUUGUCAAGAUGUGAGCACCCGCCAAGUGCACUGAACUGACUUGCCGUUCGACAGCAGCGCUGAGACUUCAUGAUCUGCUCGCCCUCCAGGAUUCCAUCGCCAUUAGUGGGGGUGACCAAAUCAACAUCAAUCAUAACAUAUGCAUCGGGGGUCACGGCAUUUCCAUCGGAUCUGUUCGAGAGUAAGUCAGCUUGGCGAGGGGCUUGGGACCUCCGAGCUUCCUCGGCCGACCCCAGUGGUUGAUUUCCCGGGCUAUCGUCAAUGAUGUGGUCUAUUCAGUGGGGACAAGAUCACCAACACGCGCAUUGCUUUCAACACCCUCCACCAAUCGGUGAACGGCCUGAGGAUCAAGACCAUGAAGGACGCUCAGAAUGCGCUCGUCGAUGGCGUCACAUACGAGGGCAAUAAGGUAGGUCGCCCUCAGAGGCUGCGCAUGAACUAGUGUUAUUCUGAUGAUUUCCGAUUGCUCGUGAUGCAGGGAACGGGUAUCAAACGUUUUGGCUUCGUACUGCAACAGAGUGAGUUGAUCAUGUGAACGUUUGCUUGACCGCGUCGGGCAGAAAUUCACCGGCACAUCUGCCACGCCCCAAAUUCAGACUACACCAACGACAACGGCCAAGGGCAGGCUCCUACCAGCGGUGUUGUGGUCAAAAACGUGUACUUCGCCGACGGUAAUCAAUUCACCCUGGAUCAAGCUGCAAUCAGUAUGGUGGCGGUGUGCGGCCAGCAUUGCCCCACCAAUCAGAUGGGUCUGGACAGGAUCAAAUUCAUAGGAGGGCGGCAAUCCGAAGCGUAUGGUUACAUACCUGUAAGCAACCCCAGUCGUUGUACUUGAUUACGUAUUGAGAAAAUGGACGGUACCUAAUUAUUCUUCUGUCUUGCUUUUUGCUGACUGCCCAUAGGAGUCCAUGCAAGCCGAGUUGAGCUUGAUCCAACGCGUGACGCCGCAGACGAAGUCUACCCCUGCAUGGAGCCCCGCGCAGGGCCAAACGGGUUCCCAGCAAACCAAGCCGAGUGGCGGCGCCCAGAGUGCUGGCACCAAGAAGUCGGGUCAAAGUGGCUCCCACUCUUCCUCUUCCUCUUCCUCUCAUCAGCACUCUGCCUCUUCCGCCUCCUCUCAUCAGCAUCGGCAUCAUGGUCCCGGUCAUUCCGGCAUUUCAGGCGCCCCCUCACUUGCCGCUGUUCAACAGCAGCAAGGCAUCAAGAGGCAGCGCAAGGUCAACCACCACCAUCGCAAACAUCACCACGGCCACCCGUCUCACCGAGAGUGA